AUGUGGGGCAUUCUAGAGUGUUCAAGCUACACCAGCCCUCUCAUGGCCACCAAGGAUGGUGACAUUGUCAUCGGCGGAAUCUUCCCAGUGCACGAGAGCGUCAAUUUCACAGACACCAUCGAUGGACGGCCUUCCACACGGGACUGCACCAGGUAUAACGUAGCUCGGAUGCUCCAGGCCCUGAUGCUGAUUGAGGCAGUAGAGACCAUCAACAACUCCUCAUUGCUAGGCAACCUGACCCUGGGCUACCGAAUCGUGGACUCCUGUUCGGACGUCACCAGGGUGCUGUACAUGACCCAGAGAUUUCUGGACGUUAACAGGACCAUGUGCCAUGAUAUUUGGAAAACAGAGAACAGAACUCACGGGAUCGACUCGCAGAACACUUCACUGAAGCCCGUAGAUGUCGUCAUAGGAGGGUACCACUCUGAGAUCUCCAUUGCUGUUGCCAGGCAACUCUCCAUCCAAGUGAUCCCACAAAUCAGUUAUGGCUCAACUACAGGAUAUCUGAGUGACAAAUCUCGCUUCCCAGCGUUCAUGCGAACGGUCCCCGAAGACAAGUAUCAGGCACAUGCAAUUGCGGACAUCCUGGAGAGAUAUGGCUGGAACUGGGUGGGCAUGGUGACUACUGACGGCGACUACGGACGAUACAUAGCCAACCGCUUCCGAGAGCGUGCCAAGGAGAAAAACAUCUGCAUUGCCUUCAGUACGGUGCUGCCUGACAUCCUUGAUGACAGUGACCUUAAAUAUAGGGUCAAUGAAACCAUCAGGAAGAUCGAAGAUGACCCCAGGAUCGGAGUCAUUGUGUCCUUCGCCAAGCCAGAUCACAUGAAGGACAUUAUGAGGCUGCUCCCUCCCAACGCCACAGGCCGCACCUGGCUAGCCAGUGACAACUGGGCGACAUCUGCACCUCGCGUGCUGGAAAGCUCUAAUCUGACACUCAAGGACAUCGGCAAUGUCAUUGGGGUGACCUUGAAGUCUGCAACCUCUGAGAGUUUCAACAGCUAUCUGGACAAUCUUAAUCCCAAUUUGGCUGCCCAUGACAACAACACCAUUCUGCGGUGGUACCUCCAGCGGCUAAAGAACGAAGGCAAGAGCGUCACUCAGCCUGAUCUAGGCAAGCGGCUGAAAAAUAAUUUGUACCCCUAUGCCAUCUUCAGUGUGGGCAUGGCAGUCAAAGCCAUUGCGAGUGCAGUGAAGGACCUCUGCAGACAUCCAAGGGACUGCAAGGCAGAGGAACACUUUGAACCCUGGAUGCUCAAGAAUGCUUUGCGGAAUGCCAUGUUCCAAUUGGAACCAAAUGACACGCAGUACAAGUUUGAUCAGCGUGGUGACCUCAACACUGGCUAUGACCUCAUACUAUGGAAGCAGAUUGGGCAACAGACGGACAUGAAUGAUAUUAUAGCCAAGUACAAUAUGACGGAGUGCCUGGCCUGUCCAGAUAAACACUGGUCCAGUGAAGGCAGUGAUGUGUGCCAAAAGGAAGAAGAGCUAGUUUUUGACUGGGAGAAACCCUUUGCAAUCAUCCUGGUGUUGUUCUCGUCACUGGGCAUCAUACUCACACUUGUGGUUCUAAUUCUGUUCCUCACUUGGUGGAAAACUCCAGUAGUGAAGGCGUCGGUUCGGCCUGUUUCUGUCCUGCUCCUCGUGUCUUUGAUUGGUGCCUUCGCCAGCACCAUCCUAUUCGUGGGCAAUCCCAGCGAACAACAGUGCCAGGCCCGCCAGGUGCUGUUUGGCCUCAGCUUCACCGUGAGCGUCUCCUGCGUCCUGGUCAAGUCCUUGAAGAUUGUCCUGGCCUUCCAGGUAGGAACGUCAGGGAAGCCGGCCCUCGCCAAACUCCUCCAGCCUUACCUGAUCAUUGGUGCCUGUGUCUCUGUCCAGGUGGCAAUCUGUGCCACCUGGCUCACCAAGAGCCCUCCCCAACCCAAAAGAGGGGACAGUAUAAAUGGUCAAGUUGUUCUGCUGUGUGAAGAGGGUGAGGAGGGAAACUUCCUCUAUUUCGGCCUCAUGUUGGGGUACAUCGGCGUCUUGUCCCUGGCAGGGUUUAUCAUUGCCUUCAAGGGUCGCAAGCUGCCCGACUGCUUCAACGAGGCCAAGUACAUCAGCUUCGGCCUGCUCAUCUACCUGAUCUGCUGGGUGCUUUUCGGCCCCAUCUACGCCCAUGCCAAGGCGGGUGAGUACCAGCCAGCAAUGGAGAUGAUUGUCAUCCUCUUCUCUGCAUACGGCCUCCUUGGCACGCUAUUCCUGCCGAAGUGUUACAUCAUACUGUUCAAAAGAGAUGCCAACACCAGGGAGGCCUUCCUUCGCUGCAUACGGCUGCACAACUGUCGGGGGUCUCAGGAAUCCCCGAACGCCAUGUCCACCACCACAUCAAAUAUCACGUCCAAUGUCAGGUCUAAUGUCGAUGCAGUUAACUCUCAAUCCACCUCCUGCACCUGCUCCAGUAACAAUGGGAACACAAUGUAA